AUGUAUAAGUCUAAUAAUUUAGAUUACUGGUCAACUUCUUUCAACAUGCGUUGGAGGGUACUUUUUUUGGUAUCUUUUUUGGCUGUCAAUGUAUUUUCUUCCUACUAUGAGGAAAAUUAUGUUGAUUAUGAUUUCUUAGAAAAUGAUCCACAUCCAACUAAACCUGAUACAUUUGCUUCAAUUUGUAUGAAUGCAACAGGAGGAGUAUAUAUGACAAGAAGAAAAAUCUGUCAAAAACAAAUUGCUUUAGGAAGUUAUAAAAAUGCCGUCAACUCAACAGGUUGGGGUUUCUUAGAAAUUGAAACUUUCCCUGGAUAUCCUUAUGAAUUGCAAAAUUAUGCUGCUGGUUAUUUAGAAGGAGUAUUAACAAAACUUCAAAUCUAUUACCACUAUAGAAAUACUAUUGAAGGAAUGUGUAAAAAUUAUAGAAAUUAUUGUAGACAAUUAUGGGAUUAUUUAGUUGAAAAUCUUGAUUGGCUUAGAUCACAAGCUAAAGAAAAGGCUUCAACUGAUAAAUAUUGGAGACAUGUAAAUUUAACUUUCACUCAAUUAACUGGAAUUUAUGAUGGUUAUAUUGGAAGGGACCCAAAAGAACUUGAAGCAACUGUUAGAUAUGAUUUGACUCCAAUUCUUAUGAUUCAAUUGUCUGGUGAAUUAUUUGAUUUGAAUAAAUAUUUCAAAAAACAACCUGAUCCAGUUAGAGAUGAUCCUGAUCCUGGUAAGUGUUCCGGUCUUGUUAAGGUUACCGAAGGAAACAAAGAUCUUUUAUUCUCUCAUGUUGCUAUGUCUUCUUAUUCUACAAUGAAUCGUGUAAUGAAACUUUAUAAAUUUGCUUAUGAUAAAAAAGAAAUUCCUGGACAUACAGUUUCAUUCUCUGGAUAUGCUGGUGCUUUAUCUUCUGCUGAUGACUAUACUUUAAUGUCUUCAGGAUUAGCUGCAAUUGAAACCACAAUUGCCAUAUUUAAUGAAACUUUGUAUACAAAUCAAUUUAUAAAACCAAAAGGACAAAUUCAUUGUUGGGUACGUUCAUAUAUUUCUAAUGCUUUAGCAUCAACAGCCAAAGAAUGGACAGAUAUAUUUGCUGCUUAUAAUUCAGGAACAUACAACAAUCAAUGGACUGUUGUUGCUUAUAAAGAAUUUAAACCAAAUCAAGAAUUACCUAAAGAAAAUCUUUUAUGGGUAUUAGAACAAAUUCCUGGAUACACAAUGGCUAAAGAUAUGACAUGGUUCUUAAAUAAAUAUAAAUACUGGCCAAGUUAUAAUAUUCCAUAUUUCCAUGAAAUAAGUGUAAGAUCAAAUUUCGAUCUUAAAGGUAAACAAAAUAACUGGUGGAAAUGGGGAGCAUCACCAAGAGCUAAAAUAUUCCAUAGAGAUCAAGGAAAAGUUAAGGAUAUUGAAACAUUAAAAGAUCUUAUGAGAUAUAAUGAUUACAAAAAUGAAAAAUAUUCUCGUUGUAAUUGCACACCACCAUAUACAGCAGAAGCAGCCAUUUCAGCAAGAGGUGAUUUGAAUCCAAUUAAUGGAACAUACGAAGUUGAAGGAAUGGGACAUAGAAAUCAUGGUUCAUUAGAUUACAAAGGUACCAGUUAUGAAUUAUUUAAAAAACUUCAAAUCCAUGUUAUUGGAGGACCAACAUGGGGAAAAGUUCCACCAUUUGAUUGGAGGACAACUGAUAUUGUUUCACCACAUUAUGGACAACCUGAUUUAUGGAAAUUUGAUCCAGUUAUCACUGAAUGGGAUACAGAAGUAGAUGUUGACUUGUAA